UGACGAGCCGCUAUGUCUGGUCGCGACUACGUCGGAGUGCCGCCAAACGUCCAAACCGACUCGUCACGCCUGUACGAGAACGGGAAAGAAGAUUGAAUUUCAUGAAUUAUCAGAGCCACCAUGAUCAUCUCACCAUUGCUUUGUGACCAUCAUGCGAAUGCAGGCCUCCCGGCCUCCUGGGGAGCUCCAGAACGGGUUCGGCGAGGGAGUAUUACGGCGGCUUGUCCUCUGAGCACGUGUGGCUGGAUGUCGUGGGCAAGGACGGCAAGGACACAAAGGAGGCAAAGGACGCAAAGGAGGCUGGGCUGGAUGGAAAGGGGCAGGACAAGGAUGCCAACACCGACACCAAGGAGGUACGUAGGUGAGGUGCAAGCCAGAUUGACAUCCUCGUCCAUACAUCGUCGAUUCACAUGUGUGCAUGGCAUUGGCUGCAGCGUCGAGAUUCCCUGCAGCUGUUGCUGCGUCUGCAGUCGCUGCUGCCGCACUUCUCGCCCAAGGACACCAGCGGUGCCGACGCACUCACGCCAGAGGCCCGCGAGGAGAUCAUCCGGCAGCUGCUGCACGAGGCCUGCUGCGAGUUUGAAGUGGCUCUCAAGUCAGAGACGGUCUCAGGUACGGAAUGAUGAACAGGACACAGACGGACACUCUUGGUGCCUGCCUACCUUACCUGCUGCUGAUGGUUGCGCGUGGACGUGCAGUGAUUUUGUCGGUUCUGGACCGAUACGUCGGGCAGAUUAGCGUGCCCAGGGAGGAGGGAGACGCUGAAGGACGAGAGCAGGCACAAGACCAGGAGUGGGAGGGAGAUGCCGAUGUCGCCGAUGACGAGUCGCCGACGGCCGACAGAACCGAGGCCCUGCGGGAGCUGGGCAGCAAUUUGCUGCAAUUUCGCCACGGCGGCACCACCCCCAGCGCCCCGCAGCCGUCAAGCAGGCUCAUCAGACAGCUUUCGAUGCGGCAGCAUUCGACGCUGAAGGGCGACAUCGACAGCCCGCGUCGUCUGCCAACCAUGUCGCCACUGGACGAGGGGAGGCAGGACGACAGCUGGCAAGAAAAACAGCAGCGGCGGGCCUCCCAGGCUCAGCAGCGUGCAUCCGGGGAAGGCUCAAAGGUGUCCAAAGCAGGGGGCGGUGACGAGCUGACGGCCUGGGAACUGUCCUCGUGGGUCGGCCAUAAUCAGGUGCGUAGUGUCUCCAACCCACACCCACACCCACACCCACACACAUUCAUUUAAGCUUAUAUGCGCUUGUGUGUGUGCGUGUGUGUGUGUGUGUGUAUCUGUGCAUCUAGCGUGGUGAGGUGUUUGUGAAGCUCUCCCUGACCGUUCUCUCCACCGCAGCGUUGGUGGGGUACGGCCCCUACUUCCUGACCCAGCCGAAGAAGAUGGAGAUGUUCGGGCUGGGGCUCUUCUUCGCUCGCGGUGCCGCCAUGGCCCUGAUGAUACUCUCAGGCAUACUCGUCAUCACCAUGUGCAGGGGGGUCCUCACGGCAUUUCGAUGCACAUGGCUCGGGCGGCGGUGUGCCGUGCUGCUCGAUAUGCACAGGGAGUUCCACAUAUUCGCAGGGGAGCUGAUUGUGGUCUUCACCGUCAUCCAUGUGGCCGCACAUACCGGGGGGACGGUGCCGAGUCUGUCGAGCACGACUGACACGGAUGGGCUGAAUGAGGCCAUCAACAAUGGCAAGUUCGACGAGCCCCCGAGCUACCUUGACCUGGUUCUCAGCUUACCGGGGUGGACCGGUCAGCGUGUGGAUUAUCUGUGGGAGAGACAGAGACAGGAGCCUCCAUUCAUCGCUUGUUCGUUUGUGUGUCCCUCGCUUUGGGGGUGUAGGUGUGGUGCUCACCUUGAUCAUUGUGGCGAUGACGGUGACUUCCCUGCCAUCGGUGCGGCACAAAUAUUUUGAAGUCUUCUGGUCAGAUUUUUUCGAAGUGCGGCACAAGCGUUUUCGACACACACUGUCGCUCACGACAUUUGAUUCCUUCUUGGCCGCCAGGUACCCCCAUGCCGUACUCAUCUGGGUCUAUGUAAGUCGCCUGCACACACACACGCACACACACACGAAUGGCGGUGCUACGCGGCGGCCAAGUGACCAGUCAGUCCUCCUGUGCGUGCCUUUGUGUGCGGCAGUUCAUCUUCAUGUGUCUCCAUGGCAUGAUUGGGUUUCUGAACUGGGGGUGGCCACUUAGCUUAGUCAUCAUGGGGCCGGCCAUGUGCUGCUACCUGGGGGAGAGGCUGUUGCGCCAGUGGCGCUACUUUACGUGGGACGUGCGAGUCAAGUGGGCACUGGUACGCACACACACAGAGAGGGGGGGAGAGAGAUGGAGAGAUUAGCCAAGAAUGAGAUCGACGGGCGGAGAAAUGGCUGGCCGGAUGGACUGAAAUGGUGUGUGAGGUGUGUGGUGUGACAGGUGCCGAAGGAUGAGACAGUGGUUUUCCUGACACUCUUCAAGCCAAGACAAUUCUCCUACAAGUGCGGACAAGUAUGGGACGAGGCAGGCCUACCCACAUAAGGACACACACGGGAGAGAUGGAGUGCGUGUGUGCGCGUGCGCGUCUGUGCGCAGGUGGUGUGGAUGUCCUGCCCUGCGAUCAGCUGGUUCGAGUGGCACCCCAUGAGUAUCUGCAGCCACCCACAGACACACGACAGCAUCAGACUCAUGAUAGGCAACGCGGGCGACUGGACUGACAGAGUACAUAACACACAACACACAGCAAACCACCAACCAGCACACCUCUCUCUCUCUAGCCAACAAUCUGAUCUGCACCCGAGAGACAAUAAGUACACAUAUGCGCCCGUUGUCCGUCGUGUGUGUAGUUCAUCUCUCUGUGCCACGAGGCCAACCUUGCGGUGACCGAGGAGCGAGGGCAGUUCGGUGCGCCCGUCCCCUUCUACCCCCCAGUGCGUCUCGACGGUCCAUACGGUAGGGUUGCCUUUACGUCUCCCACGCAAGAAAGAUCAAGAACAGCCUUGUUCUUACUUGUCCAUGUCCAUCAAGGCGCCCCCGCUCAGUUCAGUGUGUACCAGGUAAGCAGCCACAUGUCUCAGCUAGUCAAGCGUCUCAUCUGUAUCAAAUGUCUCACUCACAAACCAGGAGAACGUCGUCUUUGUGGGAGCCGGCACAGGCAUCGCUGCUUUCCUCGGAUUCUUGCACGCCCAGGUGCUGCAGACAUACACACACACACACGCACAGACAUGCACUCGACUCGAGCUCGUGGAUGGAUGGAUGGAUGCAGUUCAGCCGCGAGUUGAGCGACCACUUCGAGAUCACUGAGCACGGGACGCCGGUCCGGGCCGACCCACACAAACGCAAGUUUCGCAAAGCGCACUUCUUCUGGAUCUCAAGGAAGCCCACGGGCAUGGUAAGUAAGCUGGUGGUCGGAUGUAUGUGGACCACUCACAUGGCUAGGGUGGCUGCGAUGCAGGCGUGGAUAGCCGAGGAGGCGGUCAAGUUGGUGGAGGACCCGCAGAUCUCCUCACACGUGACCCUCCACAUCUGCCUGACAGCCAAGAAGCCCCCGCCGCCCCCGCACAUCAAGCUCUUCCUGCUCGGCAUGCAAGCGGCCUCAAGGGAGAUCACCGGCAAUGGCAGAGGCAGCACGGCGUCGCUGCGGGGCAGCGGAUCACCCCUCUUGCACGCCAAGAACAGCAAACCGACAGGACCACCCGCACCAGCAGCAACGGGGAAGGAGACAUCAGCUGCUGGUGGUGGGGGUGCAGAAAAGGGUCGUCGUCCGUCUCAGGAUGAGGCUGCGACAAAGAUACAGGCGCUCGUGAGGGCACACCGGGCGAGACGUGACGUGGUCAGUCAAUCAGUAGAAGGACACAUUCUUUCAGAAUGCCCAUUUGUCUAUGCCUGUCUGCCUGCCUGCCUGCCUGCCUGUCUGUUCAGCUUGCCGACCCGCCGCUGCACGUCAAGUUCGGCCGGCCACAGUUCGGUAAGUCAGAGAGAGCAGUCAGGGAGGGAGACAGACGUUCACCUCCCACGUCACACGGGCGGCCAUCGAUCCAUGUGUGUCUUGCCCCAGACGUGGAGUUUAGGAAGGUUUGUCGCGCUGUGAGCCCCCAGGCGGUGAAGAUAUUCGCCUGUGCCGGCGAGUCGGUGUGUGAGGCCAUGGCGGACACCUGCAUUCGGCUCAGAAAGGAGGGUUUCACAAUCGAGAUGAUUACCGAGAGCUUUGGGUGAGUCCUUCCCCUCCUCUCCUGAUGCAUGUAUGUGAUUGCUGUGGGUUGAGUAUGCGCUAUGAUAUGGGUGUGUUUCUAUAUGUCAGUGUGUCCCUUUCUCUCUGUAUGCUCGCUCAUUAGUAGCUAUAGGACCGAGUGAAGUGCUUUCCGGAUGACGAUGGAUCGACCACGUCGCUCAGCCAGCAUCUCUCAGGGCAAAUGGUGUCCGGGUGUCGGCAUAUGAAAAGACAAUCAGCCACGCAACGGCAGCCGAUCAUGUAUGAAUGAGAAUUUUCAUAGAUGCGUGCAUGACAUUUGUCACUCUUUGAUG